AAAAAACCAAAUAUCGAAGAAAGGAAAUCAAAUUUCAAGAUUAAACCGACUGAAAAACCCCAGUUAGGGUUCAAGGCUCUCUCUCCCUCCCUCUGACAAGACUCUAAAUGACAUUGGUGAGUUAAAAUCAAUCAAUUUACAACUGGGAGUUGGAAAUGAGUUUGCUUGUUCGAGCCAGGCAUCGUUUAUGCAAUGGAUCUUUCAGUAAACACAUAUACUCUCCGGUCGUUGCAUCUGAUAAGUCCGUAACCAGACACUAUGCUCAAGCUGCAAAGUCUGAGAAUGACGAUGAAGAAGAAAUAGAGAUAGACCAGAGGAGGCUUCCAGCUGAUUACGAUCCUUCAAAUUUUGACCCCACAGAGCACCGGAGUCCUCCAUCAGCUACGGUCUGGAGACUCGUUGAUGAAAUGGCUGCACUCACUCUUGCUGAAGCUGCAGAGCUCUCUCUUAUAAUGAGGAGGAGGUUGUCGAUGAAGGAUGAUGUAGUCGUUGGGGUCAUGAAACCGGGGGCUGCUGGGGUUGCUGGAGGAGCGACAAAGGCGGCAGCAGCAGCAGCAAAGGCAGACAUAAAGCCUGAAAAGACGGCCUUUGAGCUGAAGAUCGAAUCUUUUGAUGCAGCUUCGAAGCUCAAGGUGAUUAAAGAGAUACGGAGUUUUACAGACUUGGGGCUGAAGGAGGCUAAGGAGUUGGUCGAGAAGGCACCGGCCGUGCUUAAGAAGGGAGUCUCGAAACAAGAAGCAGAGCAAAUUAUUGAGAAGAUGAAAGCAGUUGGGGCAAAAGUGGUCAUGGAAUGAUCUUUUUGCUCUUUAGACAUUUUCUCUAAGUCCAGUUAUUGGGAUAUUGAGAAAACAAUAUAGUUCCAUUGUUUGAUUUGGAUUUAGUAAUAAUAUUGGAGGUUUCAUGUAUGUUUAGUGUCCAAAUAGAUUUCUUAUAACUUCGACGUGAGACUGGACAGAUCCUUACCCUCUUUUGAGUAGUGUAGUAGUAUUACAUACUACUCCAUAAAAGAAGUAAUGGUGGUAUUUGGAGUAUUAGAUUUUCAUAUUAUGGUAUGAUUUUUAAAUUUUCAGAUCUUGAUAUAGGAUUUUCAGAUUUUUAGAGUAUAUUUUAUGCAAUUUUGGAUUUUAUGGAUCA